CUGACGGCAGAAGAUAAAUACAGAGGCUGUCUGUACAACUGCAUUAAGCAUAGCUUCAUCUGGACACUUCGUCUCAUCUGCAACCUCCCAUCAGUUCACUGAGAACCAUGAGCAAAACAGACUGGAAUCCUUCCUUGUGGCUGGACGUCUUUGAUGAGUUAGUCUAUGAUGACAAUCAGCUGGAUAAUGAGGACUCGUGGACUCUGAAUUUCAAUUACAACCAGGAUGACACAGUGACUAAGCAAGAGAGGAAAAGGGGCUGGAAGGUCUACUGUCACUGUGGCUUUGGAAAAUUUCGCUGUGGUUCCUGCUCCAGGACCUGGGGUUCUGCACGGGUGGUGUUACUGUUUCGUUACAGGCUGCGUCAAGGCCGGGGAACAGUGAUCAUGCGGCCCUUUGGACAAACCUGUCUUCAGUGCCGGGACGAUGAGUAUGAUCUCCCUGGUUUUGCAAAGAAAGACGUGGAAAAAGCUUUGUUCAGGCUGUUUGCCAAAAUCCGUAAAAACUGCUAUGGAGAAGAGGAUGACAAUGAAGACGGGUCAGUGUGUUCCACAAAAGUUUGGACCAAACCUCAUGAAGCAGCACUGUGUGAAGCUUGCAGUCACGGCAUUUGCUGUCAAGAUGAGAGUUAGACGUAAAUGUGAGGACCAAAACAAGUGAUACAUUAGGAAGGUGAAACAAAUGUUGACCAAUUCUCAGAAAUUUCAAGUGUUGUUAAUGUCAUGACUAAUUAUGUGUGUGAGCAAUAAUUAUGUGUUCUUUAUUUUUAUGAAAAUUAUGUACUAUCAAUACUAAUAGCAAGAAUGAUACAAUGAAUUGUAUAUUUUUGUACUGAUUGUAUUUUAGAGCCAAGUGCAUUGUUUCUCUGUUUUCUAUCAUAUUGAUUUUAUUAAUUAAUAUUUAUAUUUUGUCAACAAAAUUGACAUAUAUUUUGUCAACAAAAUUGGAAUAUGUUCUUUAUUCUCUACAAUUUAUGGCCAAAACUUACACAACUAAAUUUAUUUUCGAUCUGUAUUUACAAGCUGCUAAAUAUAUUAAUGUAAUGGAUUGAACUGUAAAAUUAAAAAUAAAAUGAAAACACACUACAUCACCACAAUGUAUUUAUAUAUAUUACUACUUAUUAAUGCCCCAAAUCUUUUGUAUAAUUAUUUAAUUUUUUUUUUAAAUAUCUGUAACUGCAAUAAUUAAACUGUCAUUAAUAAAAAAUAAUAUUCUGA